UAAACCACAUGCAAAGUCUUUUAGGUUGAUCUACAGUCUUAGGAUUCAUGACACAAAAAGAUAGGUCCCCUCAGUGAGAAGUAAGUUAGAUGAAAUUCAAUUAUCUGACUUUGGUGUAUCCGUAUCCAUCCAACAACCUCCAUUUUUUUUUCUUCCUUCAGCUUCAAGGCUCAUUAUCAUUACCACUUUACUCUCUGCCCCCACAACUCGAUCACCGGUAAGACAGUGACUUAAAAAGGACAGAGCAUGGACCCAAACAGCAGAGCAAGAAGAAUAGGCGUUGGAGGAGCCGUUGUAGCUGCAGGCUCUGUUUGGGAAGCGAGAAUGCAGAGCGACGACGAAGCUAGUGUUAACAACGCAAUCGUCAAGGCCACUCAUCAUCAAGCUGUCGACGGAGGAGACAAGAAUUGUAACAAGCAGAUGAGCUUAAAGGAGGGGGUUAACGGAAAGCGACCCGCGUGGAAGACAGAUGUGAAGCUCGCGAGGCCGAGAUCGAUCGGUGGUGCUACUCCUCCGGCGACGCCGAGGAGGUCCAUUGGUACUACUCCUCCGAUGACGCCGAGGAGAUUGGUCUCUAGUGAGUCAAGUGAUAAGAGUUUGACUUUGUCGGUGAGUGUGAAGAAGGCGAGAUCUGAUUUAGUAGAAGGAGGUGAGAAGACUCCGGGUCGGGUUAAGAAGAUCCGAUCGGAGCUUUGUAAGGCGAUCGUCAAGUCCGGUGAGUUAGAUACAGUUGUUGCGUUGAGGAAAGUGAACUCAUUGCCAGCUCAGAGCUCGGAGAAAACUAAUGAGAAAACAGAGGAUGUGGAUGUGAAAACAGAGGAGACCGUUGACGAAAAGAAGCAGAUCACAGAGGAUGUCUGUCAGGAGAUAAUCGUCUUCGCUGAUUCGAAAGAAGAUGAGCAGAUUGACAGUGGUGAUCACGAGGAAGAAGAAGAAGAAGAAGAAGAAGAAGAAGAAGAAGAAGAAGAAGAAGAAGAAGAAGAAGAAGGUGAAGAGGAGAAAGAAGUGGAAAAGCAGAGUAUUGAUGUGAAAGAGAUGAAUGCACCUAAGGAGACUAGCAAUAACAGAGUUGUUGAUUCUGAGAUUAAAAAGUACAGUAAAUCUCCGGCCACCGUCCGUAAACUUCCGCCGCUGGUGAUGAAAAAGGCAGCUUCCGUUCAUCCGGUCCCACCAAGCAAAGAGAAAGAAGAGAACUUUACUCACUCACAGAGCAAAUUACAGAGUCUCGUGGAUCUUGUGAUGUGGAGAGAUGCAUCAAGGUCGGCACUUGUGUUCGGUCUCGGAACAUUCCUCAUAGUCUCUUCUUCAUACGCCAAUGAUCUCAACUUCAGCUUCAUAUCAGUGGUAGCGUAUGUGGGACUCAUCUAUCUGGGUGUAAUGUUUGUAUUCAAAGCCGUGAUCCGCAGGGGAGUAGUGGAGGAGGAAGAGAGGCAUAGAGGAGUUGGAGUGAAAGAAGAAGAUGUGAAGAGGAUGCUUAGAGUCAUUAUGCCUUACCUCAACGAGUCUCUGCUUCAACUCAGAGCCCUUUUCUCCGGCGAUCCUUCCACCACACUCAAGAUGGGAGUAGUGCUGUUCGUCUUGGCGAGGUGUGGCUCUUCUAUCACUCUUUGGAACCUUGCCAAAUUUGGCUUUUUGGGAGCAUUUACAGUACCUAAAAUCUUCAUCUCCUACUCAACACACUUCUCUGCUUACGGGAAGUUCUGGAUGAGAAGAUUCAGGGAUGCAUGGGAAUCGUGUAGUCACAAAAAGGCAGUGGCGUUGGCACUCUUCACCCUCGUCUGGAACCUCUCAUCCGUCGUUGCUCGUGUAUGGGCAGCAUUCAUGCUCUUCGUUGCCUUUAGAUACUAUCAGCAGAAGAUGAUUUGGACGACUGAUCAAGAAGAUGAUCUUGAUGAUGAGGAACAUGUAGACGACGACCAUGUUGAAGAAGAAGAACUAGCUCCUAAACCCAUUCAUAAACCCAAAAGAGCCACUUACACGAUGAUGCCUAAUAAACUCAAGAAAAUUUCUUGAACAUUCUUUUUUAUCCUCCCAUAUAUAAACAUUAUGUUUUUUUUGGUAACAUUAUGUAAUCUCUUUAGUUUGUAGUUAGGAGUUACUCUGUUUCCUUUGUUACUCCACCAUAUAUAUAUAAACAACAGCUUUUAUACAUCUAA